AUGCCGGCAAAAGUCUCCUCCUGGCCUACCGGGUGGCCCUCGUUCACCCCAAAGGACAUCGAUCCUAGUGACACGUUCCAGAGCGACCUCAAAGCAGCCAUCAUAGCAGAGUAUGGAGUCGAAGCGCUCAAGGAUGCGUGGGUCAAGACAUGCAACACCCUCAACCGCGUGACCGGUGCAAUUGCUGCCCGGGGAAGCGCAUUCGUGCCAGUCUUCCCGUUUGAGGAUGUCGUCUCGCCGCAGAACGAAGAGAUCCUGAAGCAGAUGAAAAGUACCGGGACAUUCAUCGUUCGCAACGUGCUGCCCGAGGAGGAGGCAACGCAGCAUUUCGGAGACCUCAAGGACUUUGUGGUCAGCAAUAAGGACACGAUCACUGGGUGGCCGGCGAAGAGCGUUGCCAUCUACCAUCUGUACUCGUCGCCGGUCCAGCUGAAGAUGCGAACACACCCCAACCAGCUGCGGCUCCAGCGGCUUCUCAACUCGCUCUUCACGGACCCGACGGCCUCGAGGGAAACACAGAUAGCGCAGACCGACCCGAUCUUGUACCCGGAUGCUCUGCGGAUUCGCCAACCCGGCCAGGACUUUCUCGGAUUGGGGCCUCAUAUUGACGCGGGGUCUCUGUCCCGAUGGGCCGAUGUGGAGUACCGCAAAACGUACGAGAAGAUCUUGUCCGGACGGCCGGAGGAUUACGACCCGUUCGACCUGACACACCGGAAGAAUGCGAACCCGGGCAUGUUCCCCAGCGGGGCGAAUAGCAGCGUGCUCAGAGGAUUCCAGGGCUUGACGGCUCUGACCACGUGUGCGCCCGGGGAGGGGGGCUUGAUGGUGCUGCCUGACAUCAAGACAGCGACGGCUUACAUGAUUCUGCGUCCCUUUUUCAAAGCACCCGAAGACGGAGACAGGCGCGACCCGGAGAAGUGGGAGAUUGAUAGCGAGACGACAUGGUUCCCUGGAACAUACCGAUGGGACUCACAGCUGCUAAGCCCCGCGAGUCACCCUCAUCUCCGCCUAGAGGAGACCCUCGUCAGCAUUCCCGUGGUCCACCCCGGCGACACUGUCUGGUGGCACGCAGACGUACGCAUCCUGCUUGUCCUCCUGUAUUUUUGUGUUUAG